AUGACGAGACCAACUCUGGAAUUGCACAUUAAGCUCGGUAUGACCAUCUUUGACACCACGUUCAACAGAUGUAAAGUGGCCCAUGCAAAGGACGUCAUAGUGCAAGCCCAUUUAGACGAUAAAAUUAAGACUCUCCGAGAGCGCGCGCUUUCUAGUCUGUCUGUCUCCGUCACUCACGGUGAUCUUCAUUUUCAAGGAUGUCCCCUUGAUCCUCAGCAAACUGUAGCAGAGGCAAGAUUGUCUAACGGGGAUAGGCUCUACCUUUUUUACUCGGUUCCACGAGGAUUGGAAUGA